AUGAGCGGCCGAAAUAUCUCAUAUGGGCGCGGCGGCGCUGGCAACAUUUCCCGCCAACAGUCCGCAACUACACCUAAGGAUCUCGUCACCCCUACAAUCAAACAGGAGGUCUAUACCACCGGCCGCGGAGGAUCCGGCAAUAUGGUCCAAAAUAACCCCGAUAGACCAGAGAUUGCGCGAGAGAGUCAAGAUGUGGAAUCGCCUCCACUGAGAGCACAGCAGAUGCCCCAUCACACUGGACGAGGAGGCGUGGCCAAUGCCUAUAUUCCUACAGCGGAAGAAGAAGAACGAGCUCGUCUACAAGAGGCUGAACUUAUGCGUGUGCGCACGAAUGAUAGAGACCGCAUCAAGGAAGUCGAACAUGAACGUCAGGAACUAAGAAAAGAGUCUCCGGCUGCUUGA